AUGCAGGAACGUAACGAACUGGAACAACGUUUGGCUAAACAACGUCAAAAAAAGGUAUACCCAAAUCAGAAUCCGCUGAUGGAUGCAGCCCGUGAUGAGUUGGAGGAAAAGUUGGCAAAACAGCGCCAAAAACACUCGGAUGCCAGUGGUGAAAUGUCAACCUGUGAUGGCUCAAACCUAUUCGUGGACAGUCUCAAGGAGGUGACAUCGUUAGACACACCUAAAUCACCAGAUGAACCAUCUGCAAUAUCGCCAAGUGCUGAUUCUGGUAUUUCGGUUCGUUCACCGCCGCCAGUUGCUCGAAAACCAUUUGUGGUAAGCAUUUAUUGA